AUGUUAUAUUAUGAUGAUGAUUAUUUUAACAAUAGACAAAAAAAAGAAUUUAGAAUAAAUGCUACAAUCAUCAUAUCAAUGAUAUAAAUAACAAUCUAAGCAGUCAUUAUGGUAAUCAAAGGGAUUUCACACUUUUGCAUUUUAUAUUAUGCUGGAUCAAAACAUACUCCUGCAAUUAAAUAUCAUUAUCAUUUACAUAGAUUAUUUAAUCCUAUUUUUUUACAUGGAGGAAAUGGUCAUCUAUUAACUAAUUUGCUUAGUUAAUUAUUAUUGUGUUAUUCAUAUGAAAAUAAAAACGGAACAUUAGAUUUCUUAUAACUUUAUUUUUUAGCUGGAAUUGGUGGAAAUAUUGCUAGUGCACUUUAUUUUCCAAAAGCCACUGGAGUUGGAGCAAGUGGAGCUAUUUUUGGUUUCUUUGGAUAUUAAUUAGCAUAUUUGAUUAAAACUAAAUAACCAUAAGAAAAGUAUUACGGAAUAUUAAUUGUACUUUGUAUAUAAGUACUAUUGAUAUUUGAACCUCAUACUCAUGUUGAUUAUUCUGCUCAUUUUGGGGGAUUUUUUGUAGGAAUUAUAUGGUACUAAAAACAGAAAGCUUUAAUUGGCAUUUUGUUAUUCUUAGGAUGUGUAUUCAUUUUUCUUAUUGAUGUGCCAGAUUAAAAAUACUGUUGA